UACUGGACACAUGGGGGCAGUCAUCCUCUCUUCUCGGCCAAAGCAAAACAGGAAGAAGAAGAAGACGACAUUCCUUUGAAAGAAACCGGGAGCUAUCCGGCUAACAGCUAACAGCAACGCAAUGGAAGCCGGAUGCACAACAUCAUCUGGACUUUAGCUGAUGAGGUCUCAGGUGUCGCCUCUGACCCGGACAGAGAUCCUCCUCUACUGGGUGCUGUCUUUCGGCUCGCAUCUAUAUUCUUUCUUCCAGCUGCACAAAUUCUCCAAAGAGCAUGAAGCCGGAUUAUCGAGAGAAUUCCAGUUGGAAAAGGGUCUUCUGGGGUUUAAAAGGGAUUUUUCAGACUUUGAGUGGAAUUUCUGGAGCGAAUGGGGCAGAAAAUCGUUGCUGUGGACCCUUUUAGGUCACUGUGUCGUCUCCAGAUCGUCUGCCUACUUUUACCCCAAGCUGAAGGUGCUUGCUAUCACACUAUAUGGCCUCCUUGCAGCCGUCAGUGUUCUGGGUUGUAAAGGUGUGAGUGUUCUGUUGGUGCACCUGGCGCUGAUCUUUGUGGUGGCUCAGCUGCGAAAACCCGCUCUGUCCUGGAUGUGUAACUUACUGCUGAUCGCCACACUUUAUCUACAGCCGAUUCAAGAAAUCCAGAAAAGCUGGUACACGACAGAGGAGGAAUACUAUCUGCUGCUCUUCAGCGUGGCUGUCUGCAGCCUGCGUUUCAUCAGUUUCAGCCUGGAGCAGUGCUGGAGCUCGCACAAUGCUCAUGUGCAGCUCUUCUGGCUGCUCUCAUACACAUUCUAUCAUCCCUUUUUCUACAACGGACCUAUAAUGACUUACAAAGCCUUCACGGAGCAGAUGCAGAAAUCUACUGAGGAGAACAACAGAACAAGCUUCACUUUGAGUCAGCUGAUGUUCAGAUUGGGUAGAAUCCUCCUGUGGUGGUGUCUGGCAGAAUGCAUGAUUCACUUCAUGUACAUGCACUCCAUCCAGUCUAAUGAAACCUAUAUAGAGAUACUUCCUCCCUGGGCCUUGGGUGGUCUGGCCCUGGCUCUCGUCCAGUUUUUCUAUGUAAAGUACCUGGUUCUGUUCGGACUUCCUUGCUUGCUUGCUUCCUCGGACCAGCUGGUUCCUCCGCAGCUUCCUCGAUGCGUCAGUGUCAUGUACAGCUAUACGGGGAUGUGGAGACACUUUGAUGAGGGCUUGUAUCGAUGGCUCAUCAGAUACAUCUACGUGCCUCUGGGUGGGUCGUGGCACGGUCCUCUUCACAAACUCCUCUCCACUGGUGUCGCAUUUGCAUUCGUUUGCUUCUGGCACGGAGGUCACGACUACUUACAGUACUGGGCCUUGAUGAAUUGGGCCGGAGUGCUGGUGGAAAACGGAGUGGCGUCUCUUCUCUCCUUACCCCGCGUUCGCGUCACGAUCGAGCAGAAUUUCUCCAUGGCGAUGCAAAGACGCUGCGCUGCUCUUCUGUCUGCCUUCUCAACCGCUCUGCUCAUCCUGUCUAAUCUAGUGUUCCUCGGGGGUACACAUGUUGGCAGAAUCUUCUGGAAACGUGUGUUUGUUCAAGUUUAGAUCUGCAUGACAAUAAGUUGUAUUUAAGAUGGAAUCAAUUAUUUAAAGUCCCACUGUUUAGUGAGUAAAAUAAUAACUCAGCCAGCUAUUUUGAGUAUCAAAACCAGAGCGCCGUGUCUGCUUUAUAUUGUGCCAGUGCCCGUUUUCCUUUUGGCACUUUUAUUUGGCUGAUUUGUUACCUAAAGCGAGAUGGCAGGCUCUCCUGAAGCCUGUCCACUUAUGAUAAGCAGCCUGAGCUCCACUCGAGUUGCCGCCGUGCUGGGAGUGGAAUCAGCUCCGAGAAUUCAACCCUGAUUAAUUUUCAUCGUAUGCCGUCACGGGCGCAUUUAAAAUCCUGUGUUUCUGGAGGUUCGCUGACCUGAAGCUUCCAGGUGUGUGCUUACAAAAAGACAAGAGGAGAGAGCCAGCCGCUUCUUCAUAUCAGUUUCUAAAAAAAAUAAAGAGCUUCUAAGAACAGCCUCAUAAAAUUUACAGCAGAUCUGUGCCAUGCUAUGGGUGAUAUAAAAAACAAAAUAAAAA